AUGAGAAAUUGCAUAAUUUUACUGUUGACGUACACGGUCUUGAUAGUUUUUGCAAACGAUGAUUUGACGUUAGAAACUGAAAGUGAUGAAUUAAUGAAGACUGGAGAUUUGGAGCAUGCAGAGACAAAGGAUGCGAGUGCGACUGAAAUUAUUAAACAAAUAAGAAAGGUGAAUGCUGAUGGAACAUACACGAUUGGAUUUGAAGCAGACGAUGGGACGUUCAAGAUUGAGACCCGCGAUUUACAAGGAAAUGUCAAGCAAGGAACUUACGGUUUCGUUGACAAACAUGGUGAGGUGAAAAGGGUUUCAUAUUCAACUGAAAAUAAUACUUUGUAUAAAGAAAUGAAACCUUCUGAACAGGUGAAGGAAGAUGAGAAAGAAACAAUCAACUUGGCACAUUCAAUGAGAUACAAUCGAACUUUUGCUUCCACCACCAGACGACCUUCUUCAUUAGCCUACUUGACAAGUCCAUCAAGUCCAACAAUGAAGUCAAGUGUCAUUCAAAACAUUCCCAAGCGACGCAUUCUUUUACCGUCGGAAAGAACAACUCUCAGAUCUCAAUCAGACAAUUCUAAACAGCCUUUUGAAGGUACAACGACUGUUGUUUAUGCAACUUCCGUUCCCACGCCUAAACCAUAUUCAUCACGAUCAACAACUUCUCCAAACUAUUCUUCUAAGGUCACAGAACGAAAUGACAAAGUUGAAAUAGAUCAAGUUGAGAGAAAGGUUUACAUUUCUACUUCGAAAGAUUCAACGACUGCUAAACCUGAACAGCUUAAGGAGAAGAAUGAUGAGAAAAUGGAUUUAAUAAAACGUGGAAACUCACUUCGUCGGCAACUUAAGCAAGAUGAUGAUGGAUUUGAAGUGCAGCAACAAAUUAUUUAUGGAGAUGGGGAUGAAAGCUCAGCUAUUUAUGGAAGUGGUUUAGGAAAUGUUCGACCACUUUUCACCACAACAACCCAACCGAGAAUCCCUCUUCAAUUACUUGCGGCACGUCAACGUGCAACACAACUUCAAAAUGUUCUUGCAAAUUCAUCGCCAGCAACAACGACUGAGAAAACUUAUAUUAAAGCACCGAAACGACAAAGUUCAGCAAGAGUGAAAGUUGAAGAUGUCACUGAGAAUUUAAAUGAAAAUUAUCUUACUCAGCCGCCUAUUCAUGAACAUCAAACUGUGGAAUCUGAAGCAAGUGCUGUUGAUGAACGAAGACAAUUCCAAAGACCUUUACCACCACAACUUGAAAGUUUAUAUCGACCGAGAAAUUAUUUGAGACAAUUACAACAUCAACCUGUACCACAACAGACAAUUCAGGAACGUCGCUUGCCUUAUAAAUUACCACCAAAUCCACCUGGCCCUGACCUCAAUGAACUUCGUUCGCAAAUCUCACCAGCAGCACAGAGAUUCGCACAACAAUAUCAACAACCACAACAAGGCCAAACCUCAGGUUUUUCAAACCAACCUGCAGAAACUUUUAAUUCGCCAUCACCACUGUUUCCACCCAGAUCAGCAUAUGAUUUGGAUCGACCACUAACUGUAAGAGAUUUCGAAAGAUUGCUUCAAUUGUUGAUUUUCCGUCAACAACAGCCAUACAGAAUAAAUCCAUAUUAUCCACCAUCAAACCCUGCUUCAUAUCCACCGUUCAUUCCUGGCUAUAAUCAGCCUUAUUCACAGAUACCUCGACCACCUUUCUAUAAUCCAGUCACUUCUGGGUUAUUUGAUCCUGGUUAUCAGAAUCCAUACUAUAGUCCAUCGUCACCUGUAAGCCAACAAUUUCCAAAUGGUGGAGGGCAAUCAAUACCAGGAAUGUAUCAACAGGUACCACAGAACUCUCAACAAGUUCUCGAUCCUAAUUAUGAUAUUCAACGAUUGGUACCGAGAAGACGACAGUACGAUCCUCGAUUGUAUAAUCAACAAAUGCAAGCUUCAACACCACCAUCUGAACAAGAAAUGAAUUAUAAUUCACUACAAUCAGGUUCUGAUAAUUUUUUGCCACCGUCAGUUAGAGAACAGCUUUUGUAUAGAAUGUUGAUGCUUGCGAUUAGAAAUGAUCAACAAUAUUCACCGACAAGUUCAGCAGCUGCUUCUGAUUUACACACAAUUAUUGAACCAGAGCAGCAGGAAGCUAAUACAGUUGCCACAAAAAGUCCAUCACCUUCAAAGAAACCAGUGAGAAGUGUUCAAAUUCUUGGAGAAGAAGAUGAAGAAUGA